GCCAAGAUAUCGAAACAUCGGAGCGACCACACAUCACGACGACGAUGCCCGAGACGCCGACGCGACGCCAUGCCGAGGGCCGGCGAGGUAGCCACGACCAGAAUGAGACCCCGCGCAAUGGCAAGAGCAUCCGCGACCGGCUCGGCGAGCGUGGUGCGGUUGCCGAUGCUGCUUCGCCGCGGAAGCGCACGGCGCGCGAGCCUGAAGGCCAAGGCGAAGAGAAGCGCCGACGUUUGAUGCGCGGGAGCGACGGGACAGCGAUGCCCAUCGACCUCUUGAACGGGCGGCGCCGCUUGUUUGGCAACCUUAUGGGGCACCUCGGCAAAGCCAAGAAGCAGCUCGCAAAGGAUAGCGAUUUGCUCCAGAAGCAAGACCGGUUGCUCUCGGCGGCGGACGCCAAGACCAAAGAGCAGAGCCAGCGGGUGCAAGGCCUCGCAUCCCAGCGCUCGGAGAAGCGAAGGAUCGAGACGCAGAUCUCGUCGCUCAAGCGCAGCGCCAGCGACAACAUCGCCAAGCUCGAGCGACAGGUCACGCUCAGCACAACGUACGAGCGCCACCACGCGCGGUUCCUUCAGACAGUCGCGCCGAUCCCAAUCUACUACCUUCCUGCGCGUCACACCAAGGAGACGCAAGCCCUUGUCGACGCGUCCAUGGAAGCCAUCGAAGAGAAGAUCAAGCUCCGUCGACGAGAGUUUGAGGUCAAGAAGCGCGAGAUCGAAGCCGACACGAAGCGCAAGGUCGAUGUGCUCACUGCCAAGCUCGACGCCGUGCGCACCGAAGGCGGGUCGCCCGCCAAGAAGACACGCGCGUCAUCGGCGGACCUCGCACCGUCCAACACGGUCGAGACCACAACCGCCAAGGAAGAAGAAAGCAACCCAGACGCGUCUCGGGCGGACGCCCCGACAGAAGACGCAGAUGCACAAGACGCCGUCAAGCCCGCCGACGAGACGAGCGAAGCGGUGGCAACGCCCCAACAAAGCUCCAGUGCAGCUGCCGAGCAGGACGACACUGCAAUGACCGAGGCAGAUGCCGAGCUGGACAUCACUGAACCAGACAACAGUGCUGCUCCUGAGCAGCACGACCAAGCUCCGACGAACCACAACGACGACGGACCUUCGGAGAAAGACGACGAAGCAGCUGCAGAGCAGAACGACGACGCGUCCAAUGACGUUGCGAUGACACACGAGGACGACGAGGUCACACUCAUCGACGCGCCGACGGAGAAGGCAGUGACGAGCGCAACGGUAGUCGUCGUCGACGCCGUCUCGGCAAAGACCUCGAAGCGCGAUAUCGGGCAAGUGACCAAGCUCAAGGUCGUCGAACUGCGUGCAUACCUCAAGGAGCGCAACUUGGACACGAAGGGCCUCAAGGCCGAGCUCAUCGACCGCCUCACUGCUGCGUUGGCCCUCGAGUCGUAGGCUGUUUUCCGUAAUAAGAUAGAUACAACAUGUCUUGAGAGUCUUAGGAUCUGAA